CCGGACCACGCGCUGGGACGCCUGGCGCUGGUUUUACUGAAGACCAACGCGGCCUUGAAUGGUUCGGUCUAGAGAAGUGACAGAGGAGUAAACAUAAGUCCUGUACUGUGUCGGGUUUCUCUUACGCAAUUAGACGCUUCGCCGUGUCGACGUCGAAGAGAGCUCGCCCCCUGCCGCUGAAAGGAACGAGGCUGAGAAUUCCUAGCCCCGGGCCGUUCACUGAUCUUUUUUGAUCUGGUGGCAAAACCAGAUCAAAGAUCUGAGGCUUGGGAUCCUUAGCUCUAACGUGAAAUUGAAGAUAGUGCUUAACUCAGAAUUGUUACGAAGAUUAGGAGAGGGUAUGAAACGAUGGUACCUGUUACUUAGUUGGCCUUCGGAAAAGGGCGACUUCGAUAGAGGAAGGGGCGUGGUGCCGAGAAGCACAAAACGGGACUCAGAACCAGAAAAGCCUCGAGUGGGUGAGACCUGGGCUGUCUACGUUUAUCCUGAAGCACCAGCUCGAUGCCGAUUCCCUGCUUUGUGUAAUCACGUCGUUAAUCAGAGAUCCUUCCUGGUUUGGGGGUCUGCACUGCAGUGUUUGGGUGUAAAGAGAGGAGAGACCAGUGAGGCGCAGGAAUCUGCGUGAAGAAAAUGGAACGUUCUCUGUGUUUCCAUGUCGGAUUUGAUGUUAGUUUUUAAAAAGCUGAUGAUAAUUUUGCAGCUGUCGUAAGCUUGUUCUUGAUCUUCCACGAUGGGUGAGCCACAGCAAGUGAGUGCCCUUCCGCCACCUCCAAUGCAGUACAUCAAGGAGUACACGGAUGAAAAUAUUCAGGAAGGCUUAGCUCCCAAGCCUCCACCUCCAAUAAAAGACAGUUAUAUGAUGUUUGGCAACCAGUUCCAAUGUGAUGAUCUCAUCAUCCGCCCUUUAGAAAGCCAGGGCAUUGAACGGCUUCAUCCUAUGCAGUUUGAUCACAAGAAAGAACUGAGAAAACUCAAUAUGUCUAUCCUUAUUAAUUUCUUAGACCUCUUAGAUAUUUUGAUAAGGAGCCCUGGGAGUAUAAAACGAGAAGAGAAACUAGAAGAUCUUAAGCUGCUUUUUGUACAUGUGCAUCAUCUCAUAAAUGAAUACCGACCCCAUCAAGCAAGAGAGACCCUGAGGGUCAUGAUGGAGGUGCAGAAACGUCAACGCCUUGAAACAGCGGAGAGAUUUCAGAAGCAUCUGGAAAGAGUCAUUGAGAUGAUUCAAAAUUGCUUGGCUUCUUUGCCUGAUGAUUUACCCCAUUCAGAAGCAGGAAUGAGAGUAAAGGCUGAACUGAUGGAUGCUGAUGAUAGCAACAAUUGUACUGGACAGAAUGAACAACAAAGAGAUAACUCAGGUCAUCGGAAAGACCAGAUUAUAGAGAAAGACGCUGCCUUGUGUGUUCUAAUUGAUGAAAUGAAUGAAAGACCGUGAAGGAUGUUUCUUUUUCUGCUGUUUUUCUUUUUUCCUUUUAGUAAAUAGCAUCAUAUAUUUGUUAAUUUGCUCUUGGAGAGUCUUAAAACAGAUUUAAGAGUUAUGUGAAGAGCCUCACUCUCCAACUUUAUCAAUUAUGAGAUGUCACAGGCAGUAAUAUACAGCAAACGUAGGCAAGUGAAUAUGACUACAUUAAGAGUAAUCAAUUUAGCUCUGGCUAGUGUGGCUUAGUGGAUUGAGCACUGGCCUGUGGACUGAGAGGUCACUGGUUUGAUUCCCAGUGAGGGCAUGUGCCUCGGUUGUGGGCCAGGUUCCCAGUUUGUGCAAGAGGCUACUGAUUGGUGUUUCUCUUGCACAUCAAUGUUUCUCUCCCUUUCUUUCUCCCUCAUUUCCCCUCUAAAAAAUAAAUAAAUAAAAUAUUUUUUUUAAAAGCGUAAUCAACCUAAAAAGCAAAGUACCGCUAUUGUGUGGAACAUUCCUAUUGCAGUAAACGUUGAAGAUGAUACUUAGUAACAGCAAACUUUCACUCUGGAAAAGUAGAUUGGCCAUUUGCUUUAAGAAUGAUAAAUAAAGGAUAUCAAGUAUGCUGCAUAAGUAUGGCAUUAUGAAAUAUUUAUAUUUUACUUAAAAUUUGCUUAAUCUUUAAAAAAUAAUAUGUUAAAAGAGAGGAACCCCAUAGAGUUAUAAAACAGCAGUUUUAUUUGUCCUCUUGACUCCUCCUGUCUUGGCCUCUUGUCCCUGUCCUGGAUGGGUCCCAUGAGUUUUUUUAGUCAUUUAUAUAAUAAGUCCUUCGAUCACUUUUAGUUGCAACUGUUCCUUUUAGUAAUAAAAGUGUUUAUGUAAUUAGCUGUACAUUUUUUUAAAAAUCAAAUUUGUAUUUGCUUAAAGCUGGAGGCCUGCAGUGGGAACAUAGUUUCAUAACAGAGACAGGUGUUCACUGGAGAGUGUGUAUCCCCUGAGAUGCGUGGCUUAGAUAAGGCUGCCCUGCCGGGGGUCACAGUUCCCCGCUCCCCUCGCAGCUGUGUAAGGUCACGUGACAAUUCUUAGCAGCGGAAUAUGAGGGUAAUAAUUCAGGCCUGCCCCCUAAAAAUUUCUUGCAUGAUCUUCCAUUUUCAUCUGCUGGCUGGGUGGCCACACCCAGGAUAACUCUACCAUUUUGAAGAUGGUAAAGGUUCACUCAGUUAGGGCCUUGAGUGACUGAGGAUUAGGCCUUCCUUUCAUUAACUUCACCCCCAACCCCAGCUGAUUUGACUUUAUAUGAGUAAGAAGUCACCAUAUUUUGAUCACAGAUUUUAUUUCUGUAUUUCUCUUCUCCUCCCUCUAACCUCCCCACUGCCAAAGUCUUGGUGGAGAGCCUGCCUCGUGUUAGAGUAUCUCUGUUGGUAUUUCUCUUAAUACAGGCCAGUGGUUCUCAAAGUGUAGUCUUGGGUUAGCAGCAGUAGCAUCACUUGGGCUUUUGUUAGAAAUACAAAGUUCAGCCCUCACUCCAGACCUACUAAAUCAAACUCAAGGGGUGGUGUCCAGCAAGCUGUGGUGUAUAGAAAGCCCUCAGAUGAUUCUGGUGCAAAUAAUUAAGAUUUAAGAGUCACUAAUAAAGGUAAUGCCU